AUGACCGCCACCCGACCAGUUGCCACCGAUUUCAUCGAUGAUGCUCGCCGCCAACUUCUGCUGUACCGGCUUCUGCUCACCCACGGGCUCUCACCGCGAUUCGUUCCACUUUCAUUAAUUUUUGUGUAUGUGUCAAUUGACCGUCUGAAAUUCUGUUUGUUAAAAAAAUGA